AUGCGAUUUACAGCAAGGCGAUACUUAUCUCUUCAUUUGACGGCUGAAAAGAAUGAUCACGAAACGAAGACCGACGAGCUUUCUCGCGAAAACGUCGACGCUUACCGAGCCAUCUUGGGCAGCAAUUUACCGGAACUUGAGAAGAAGCCAGACCGUGUGGCUCAAGAAGUCCUGACUCUUCUCGUUGGUGGCUCGGCAACAACAAUGAGGGUUAUGUCACGCGUUGUGUUCCACGUAAACUCCACCCCGCAUGUCCUCAGCCAUUUGAGAAGUGAGUUGGACGCUAUAAUGCCGGCGCCGAACGUAUACCCAGAGCUAGAAGUCCUGGAGCAGCAAGGCUAUCUUACUCCUGUCAGCAUGUCCAUCAGCCGCAUUCUUAUGGAUCCCAAUAUUUACCACGAUCCAUACGAAUUCCAGCCGGAGAGAUGGCUGGGCUCGCCAGAAAACCAAGCGCGCCUGGCAAAAUAUUUUGUACCGUUUGGGCGUGGUGCGAGGAUGUGCGUCGGAAUGAAGUAA